CCCAGAAUUAAUAAGCUACAUUGCCAACAACAGUCAAGAAGAUUUGUACUAUGAAGAUAACAUUUGGUCUGGAGAGGAUGUAAAUGGUGCUGAAAAAGUUCAAGAAAUUGGAGCCUGGUUGAAAAUGCAUCCUGUCAGUAGUCUGUCAAGAGCAUCAUGUGACUUGAACCUACUUGAUGCGGCAAUUAUUGAAAAGAUUGAAGAGGAGGUGGAAAGAUGCAAGCAAAGAAGAAGUAACAAGAAAGUAAGAGUGACUGUGAAACCACAUCUACUAUACCGGCCUCUGGAGCAGCAGCAUGGUAUAGUGCCAGACAAAGAUGCAGAGUACCUUUUAUUUGAUCGUGUUGUGAAUGUGAGGGAGGACUUCUCUGUUCCUGUUGGUCUUCGAGGAACCAUCAUAGGAAUGAAAGGAGCUGAGAGAGAAUCUGAUGAAUCUUAUGAAGUAUUAUUCGAUGAAGAAUUUCCAAGUGGACUCACCAUAAGAUGCUCUCCUAGCAGAGGUUAUAGACUCCCAAAGUGUGCCUUAAUCAAUCUCAGUUAUGGGAAUCGUCUGGAAUUUGGAGGCCAGAAAGCAGCACCAUUGUUAAAACCGCAACCAGCACCAAUACCUCAACAUGCUAUGUAUCCUUCAUCACAGUCUGGUGCUCAGAAAGUGUCUACAGGAGGCCUGAACCACUCCCCACGCUCCCUGUUUGUACCAACACAGCAGCUGAAUGGAAGACAACCAUUUCUCAGGGCAGAAAAUCAGAAGAAUCACGUCAACCAUCAAAGAGCAAAUGGACCAUCUAACUUUCAUCAAAAUGAUGAAAACCAGCGUCAAGGAGGAUCUGCUAAGCCGGGCCAGUUAAAGUCAGAUGACGAAUUCUCCACAGUAUGGCAGUCCUUACAUAACAAUCUUGGAACUUCUUCCCACUCCAUACAAACCAAUUCCCGCUCUACAGAUUUACCCACGAAACACUCUUCAGUUUGGCAAGAAAAAGCUGUGACUGAGCCAGCAUCAUUUUCAGGGUUUCAGUCCAAAAAUUCCAACCCGACAGAAAAUAAAAUGCAACCAUUCAAAAUCGAUGGCCAGCAAAAACAGAAAUGGGGACCAUCAGAGCAGCAGGCAUGUGCCAGGAAAGCAAAAGAGGAUAACUCUGAAAGUUUCAAGGCCAGAAGUCGUGGACCUGAAAACUCUGGCCAAUCACAACCAUCUGUUUCCAAAUUGCAAAAUAAACAGGCAUGUUCUAGCAAUAGUAAACCAAGUAUGAAGAUUCUAAGACGGAAUGAAGACUCAAAAGAACAGAAAUCUGCAGUGGUACCAUCUGAAUUUGAAGAACCAUUAGUUUCUUUAAAAAGCCCUGGUCAACAAGGAGGAAAAGACGUACAAGUCUCACAGUCCACAGAAAGUGAGAGAAUCACUGGAGAACCUCUAUCCCCACAAUCUUUUGCCAUGAAAGGAACACAGAUGUUAAAGGAAAUUCUGAAGAUAGAUGGUACAAGUGCAACCCCUCAGAAAGAAAUAAAUAUAUCCUCUAAUACUAAGCUAGAGAGCUUUCAGACAUCCACUACCCUUCAUGAGAAACCAGGAUAUACCCCACAUCAACGUCCAGUAAAAAAACUUGCUGCACAAAUCAACAAACCUCAGGGCUCACAGAGUGGAGAUCUCUCAGGUCAUUAUCAAGGACGACAGCAACCUCCUUUAUCCACCUCAGUGUCUGAGUUGUUCACCAUUUGUGCCAGAAUUGGUCUACCACAUCCAGAUUUUAGCUUCAUGAGGACCCCACAGGGCCUGACUGUUUGCCAAGUAAAGUUAGCAAAUGGUUUGCUUGUGCAUGGACCUCAGUGCCAGUCAGACAGUGAUGCCCAGGAAAAAGCUGCAGCAUUUGCAUUACAGCGACUGAAUGCCACGGGACAAAAUGUUCCCCUCCCUCCAAAUAUGUUUUCCAGUUAUCAACCAGUUGCAGGAGCCGUACCAUCACCUGUCAUUCCACCAUCCUUUGGUCAGACCCCUGGUGGCAUGAUGCCUACAGCUCCUAAUGGAUAUGGUCCUAUGCCUUGGACAACUUUGAUUCCUCCCCCGCUGUACAAUAGCUUUCAGAUCCCAUAUUCAGGAAACAUCUGCCCUGGAGGAGUGCUCAUUGGUACUCACAAUCAAUUUGUGCCUUUGCAGGUGACCAAGAGGCGGACAAGCUUUAAUAAAACAUAUGAUGACAAGGAGUAUAAUCAUUCAAUUCAGCAAAAGCUGAAUCAACCACCAACUACGAUGGACUUUUCGAAUGCAUCAUCACACGGGUAUCCUUCUGGUAGCACCUCAAGAAAUUUUUUUCAGCCUGGUCGAAUUCCCCUCGAAUCCCAGAAUAAAGCAAUUGUACAGACCUCUGUUCAACCCCAAGGGCAGCAAAGGCCAGUGGCAGGUUCAUCUGGUAAACGCAAGCACAGGAAACUGGCAGUCAAUUUUGGAGCAUCUCGACUGCCACAGUAGCUAAGGUACUCCAGAUCCAUAUUUAGUGUAAUCUGAUGCCCACGUUUGUCCACAUCUGCCGAUACCUUGUGAAACUACCAUCCAUCGGCCAGGGAUCAUCUGACUGUCCGACUGCAAUAUCUCAUCUCAACAUGUGUGACCAUUUUCGUUUUUAUAAAUUUCAUGUAAUUUUCAUUUUUAUUCAAUAUAAUCAAUUAUGUCCAUUGUACAGUUAAAACACCAAAAGCCUGAUGUGCUCAUGUAAAACAAUGUAUUUUAUAUGACUAAAGAAAAUUCAUCUUCUGCUGUAGAUGUUGUAGAAAUUGCUUAUAAAAUUGUUUUAUAGAAACCGGAAAAUUUCAAAUUUACUGCCUGAUUUGUAGGUUCUAUGCAUUUACUUGUAAUCUUUUUGUUUUAGAAUACUUUAAGAAUUUUAACUUUAUGACACAAACAUUUUAAUGUUUAUCAAUGUUAAAAUUGUAUUGCUUUUAUGAGUACUCUUAAUGUUGUAUUAAAGCCUUUUCACAUGAAUCACAUUGGCCUACGAAAGAUGUACAGUGAACAGACAUUGGUGACACAUGAAUCAUAUUUAUUGACAAAUGUGGACUUUUUACAUUUUAUGUAUUAAACGAUGGAGACAUUACUGGCUAACAACAAUACAAUUCAAUGUUGCACUUUCUGCUGACGCAAGCUCAAUAUUACAAAUAAAGCAUUUUGUUACAAGUGUU